AUGACGUCAGCUGAGCGCGUCCGCCUGUCACAGAGUGGGAGUGGGCGUGCUGGCGAGCAAGGGGAACAUCGGCAGACAUUCGCAGCUGCAGCACUUGGGUACCACCGGAGACAUCAUUCCAGUGAGUGGUCUUGCAAUGAAAUGUGUCACAGCUUCCAGUCCAGGCCUGUGAUGGCAAAGAAAAGCCAUUUUCAGUCUGUAAAUGCUUCAGAAGAGGCCGUACCACUGAACGUGGUUUCCCCUAAAGUCGAUGUCAUGGAGCAAAAAGUGACCCACAUCAAAGAAGAGGAUUGUGAGUGGGAUCCUACUGUCUAUGCGCAAGAAGAAGGUCUUCUCGUGAAACAGGAGACUGAAGACGGGGGGUCUUGUGUUUUGAAAGAGGAGGUCUUGGAGGAUGGAUCCAUUGGUGUUAAGACCGAGGAUCCUGAGCAGAACUUGAGUGAGCUUGGAAUGCAAAGCUGUGAAAUGGCCGGCAUUCUGGAGCGAGAUGAAUCAUCGGGGUCGGCUUCUCUGCGAACAGAGGCGGUGCAUUUGGGCUCAGCUAAGUGGGGUCGAAACUCUUCUCCGCAGCCUUCUGGUGUUUCCAAGCCAGAAUGGUGUGAGCUGAAGGACAAAACCAUUGAAGAGACUUGUGAUGGGAAAGAGAAGAAUGAAAACCUGUCAUCAAGGAAGGCAGACCUUUGCUCACAGGAGAGUGACUGCCUUUCCCAGCAUUCACUUGCUCAAACUUCCCUUCAGUAUGAAUCUCAACCAAAAAGGGAGGAAGAAAAUGUAGGAAACAUAUCAUCUGUGCCAGGCAGUUUGAUCUUGUCCUCUCUGCCAUCUCCGUCUCUGCCUGUUGUGAAAAUAACAAGGAUAGAUGCUGUCAGUUUGCCUCAGCAGAUGACAAAUCCUAAUCCAGUGGCUUUGUAUGUUUGCCAGAAAUGUGGGAAAACGUUUAAAUGCAAAUCCACUUGGGACGAUCAUGAAAAGGUUCAUGUGGUAGAGAAGCAGUAUUGCUGUACUGAAUGUGGUAGACGAUUCUCACACAGCAAGAGUCUUAAGACUCAUACAAGACUUCAUGUGAUAAAACAGGCAUAUUCUUGUACUGAAUGUGGCAAAAAGUUUUUACUGUUGGGCAAUCUUAAGUCGCACACAAGAAUUCACACUGGAGAGAAGCCAUAUAGCUGUCAAGAUUGUGGUAAACAGUUUUCCCAUCGUAGCACUCUUAUAACACACACCAGAAUUCACACUGGAAAAAAACUCUACUGCUGUACUGAAUGUGGCAAACAGUUCUCUCAGUUGGGGAACCUUAAAUCGCAUGCAAGAAUGCACACUGGAGAAAAGCCGUAUAGUUGUAAUGAGUGUGGUAAACGAUUCUCACACAACAACAAUCUUCAGACACACAGAAGAAUUCACACAGGGAAAAAGUCAUACUGCUGUACUGAAUGUGGCAAACAAUUCUCACAAUUGGGGACUCUUAAAACACACACAAGAAUCCAUACGGGAGAGAAGCCUUAUUCAUGUACCGAGUGUGAGAAACGAUUCUCACAGUUGGGAAAUCUUAAAGCCCAUGAAAGAAUUCACACUGGAGAAAAACCGUAUUGCUGCUCAGAGUGUGGUAAACGAUGCUCAAGGUUAAGCAGUCUUAAAGAACACUCCAGAAUUCAUACAGGAGAGAAGCCAUAUUGCUGUUCUGAGUGUGGUAAACGGUUCUCUCACAGCAAUAGUCUUUUAAUGCACACAAAAAUCCACACAGGAGAGUAUUCAUAUUGCUGUUCUGAAUGUGGGAAGCUAUUCUCAAAAUUGAGCGCUCUUAAGGCACAUGCAAGAUUUCACGCAGGAGAAAAAUCACUUUUGUAAUUGGUAUGGGAAGAGAUUUUCACAAACACUGUUUAGGCAACUGCAAGAUUUCGCAUAGGAUAUUUUCUGCAAACUUUAUGGACUUAAAAACAGCUUUACAAACCUGAUAUGCUUAAUCCGGACUGGGGUCAUGGGGUCUGAUGGAGACUGUCCCAGUUAGCAUAGGACACAAGGCCAUCACAGGGUGAACACACACCCACACACACAAACACCAUGCACAAGCUAGGGCCACUUUAGUGUUUCCAAUUCACCCAUCCUGCAUGUCUUUGGACGGUGGGAGGAAACCCACACAGACACAUGUAAAACAUGCAAACUCCACAAGGGGAGGACCCAACGUGCGAACCCUGGUUGUCUUACUGC